UAGGUAUCAGCGCUUCAUUGCAUUGCACAGUUCAAAACAAAGCGCUUGUGCUGACUUCUGGUGAGGUGAAAAUUCUGGUACAAUUUUGAAAAAAGUUCAUUAACUAGUGAAGAAUAGGUGGAGAAUUGAUCAGUACGAUGGACUACGACGAAUUAACGGUAGUAGAGGAGCAAAAUCAGUUGGAAAGGAAAGAAAGCGGCAAACGGGGGCGCAAACCAGGCCGCAAAGCAUCAGCUGAACGGGUCGAUAUGAAAGCUAAAUUAGAACGUAGCAGACAGAGUGCCCGGGAGUGCAGAGCACGUAAGAAGCUGCGCUAUCAGUAUUUAGAGGAAUUGGUCAGCGAUCGUGAGAAGGCCGUGUACGAAUUACGCCGCGAACUGGAGAAAUUACAUUACUGGGCGUUGGAAGUCGAUGCUGGCCGCUUUCCAGAGGGCUUACAGGAACUACUGGAAGAGCUGGGUGCCCUGAAGCAGGAGUAAUUUCUUGUCGGACUGAGCGGAGCGAUUUUGUUUUUUCGUUUUUGUUUUCGGUCGAAUAUGUUUUAUUAUUUUAUAAGUACGUACUAUUGUUUGGAUUAUGAAUUCGCUUUAUCCAUAUUAUGGUAAGUUGAUUUGAAUAUUUGCGUUUAAAUGGUGUUUGAGUAAAAUUAUGUAGUUGUGUAACUUUUGUUUUUAAACUUAGUAAUCUAGAAAUUUGUGUUUUUAAAAAUGUGAAAGGAAAAACUCGCAAAAAUAUUGAAAAAUACGAAAAAGCUGAAAAAAUAACGGUUUGAUAAUUGACCUCAUAAAUAGGUAACAGUAAGUACAACCAGCCCAAAUAUACAAGAUAUGCAUUAUAUUCGAAAUACAAUUGCUGUUGUAUCAGAAACCUAUCGAAAGUUCAACAUGCUUUAAAUGUAUCUUAAUGUUAAUCACAGUAUGCCUAUAUGGCCCUUUUAUGUAAAUAGCAGUAACUACAGUCUGUUAUAAUUUAAUCUCAUGGUGAUUACUGAAAAUAUACUAACAGCUUAACUAUCGAUACAAUUGUUUCCAGAGCAAUGUAAAAUAUUACACAGAAUACAACCAAUGACUAUUUUUAUAAUACAGAUUUCAACAUCAAUGCUAAAGGAUUGAAAAGCUGCUGUUUUAUUAUAAAAUGAGAAAAAAUAGUAGAAGGGUGGUAUCCAAGACACGACCGCAUAGUUGACGUAGGACUAUAAUAAUUUUAUAUUUUUAUUUUGCAGCUAUGUUUGAUUUGAGCUCGUUUUACUUUUGUAGUUUGCUUGAUUUAUUUUAACCAAUUAAAACUCAACAUCUUCCAAAA